AUGACUGAGCAAAGUAACUGGAUAGUACAAAAGUUUGGAGGAACUAGUGUGGGAAAAUUCCCUGAGCAAAUUGUCGACGAAAUCGUCAAGGUUUACACCACCAAGUUUAAGCACAAUGUCGCAGUUGUGUGCUCGGCUCGCUCUUCAUACACCAAGGCCGAAGGUACAACAUCGAGAUUACUAAGGGCUUGUGAUUUAAUUUCCAACGAUGACUCCAGCUUCAAAGAAGUACUAGAUCUAGUUAGAGCGGAUCACGUGGCCAACGCUCGUGAACGUAUCUCUAAUAAGAGCUUACAAGACAAACUAGUUCAAGAUACUAACGCUGAAUUAGACUUGGUCGAGAAAUAUUUGAAUGCUUCUCAAGUUUUAGGUGAAGUGUCUUCGAGGACCAUGGAUCUUGUAAUGUCCUGUGGUGAAAAGCUCAGUUGCCUUUUCAUGGCAGCUCUCUGCAAUGACCACGAUGUGCCUGCCCAGUACAUCGAUCUUUCAUUCGUUAUUCCAACAGACUAUGAAUGCAAAGACGGUUCUUUGGACAACCAAUUCUACAUGUUUUUGGUCAAGGCGUUCAGAGAAAAAUUACAACCAGUAUUGGAUGCGCAUGCGGCUGGCAAGCCUCUUGUCCCUGUCAUUACCGGGUUUUUCGGUCUGGUACCAAUGGGUCUACUAAACGGGGUUGGUCGUGGAUACACUGAUUUAUGUGCAGCGCUGAUCGCCGUUGGUUUAAAUGCCGACGAGUUACAAGUUUGGAAAGAAGUUGAUGGUAUCUUCACAGCCGAUCCUCGCAAAGUUCCACAAGCCAGAUUAUUGAGUAGUGUUACACCCGAGGAAGCUUCUGAGUUAACGUAUUACGGUUCUGAAGUCAUUCACCCAUUCACGAUGGAGCAAGUCAUCAGAGCCAAGAUUCCAAUCAGAAUCAAAAAUGUUCAAAACCCAACCGGUGAUGGUACUAUCAUUUAUCCUGACAAUGUUGCCAAGAAAGGUGAAGCUACUCCACCACAUCCACCUGUGACUUUGUCAAACUCGUUCUUCGAACAUAAGAGAAGAGGUGCUACCGCAAUUACCAGUAAAAGUGAUAUUGUGGUGGUAAAUAUUCACUCCAAUAAAAAGACAUUAUCACAUGGUUUCUUGGCUCAAAUCUUUUCUAUUUUAGACAAGCAUAAGUUGGUUGUUGACUUGAUUUCCACUUCCGAAGUUCAUGUGUCUAUGGCUCUCCCAGUACCAGACUCGGAAUCUUCUAAGGCCCUGAAAAGCGCCGUCGAAGCGCUGAAAAAGUUGGGUUCUGUUGACGUGACGAAAAAGAUGGUCAUUAUCUCGCUGGUCGGCAAGCAAAUGAAACAAUUUAUUGGCAUUGCUGGCACCAUGUUUACUACCUUGUCAGAGCAAGGAAUAAAUAUUGAGAUGAUUUCCCAAGGAGCUAACGAAAUCAACAUUUCCUGUGUUAUUGAUGAAGAGAGCUCACUAGUUGCUCUUCAAUCAAUUCAUGGUAAAUUGCUUGAAACAUCUGCGGAUUCUCAAGAUUUUGGACGCGUGGUUAAUGAAAGACUAGAGCAAAUCAAGAAACUAGAUUUGUAA